AUGGAGCAGGAUCCAGAAAUGAAGGCUGGUCCUUUUGACCUGGACCGACGUGAGCCUAGGCGGAAUAGCUUCUACUCUCGACGAUUUGUGAUGAAUGCUGUCGGAGUGAUCCUCGUUGCCGCUUUCUUAUUAUUUUCGUACAGCACCUUUACUGGUGGGUCUCUACGAAAGGAGUUUUGGAUAUGGAAAGAUGAAGAUUACGGGCAACAGCAGGAUGUUAGUUCGAAAGGAAGUCAGUAUUUACUGGGAAUUGGGAAAGCAGAUAUCACUGGCCCAGUCGUGGAGAUAAACAUGAUGGGAUAUGCAGACACCAAACAAGUUGGAUCAGGACUACGGCAACGACUCUAUUCUCGAGCUUUUAUCGUAGGCGAUGUUGAUCGGCCAGAGGACCGAUUCAUCUAUCUCGUUUUGGACACACAAUCAGGAGAUACUGCCGUUAGGUACGGGAUAUUAGAGGGCCUUGCAAAUCUUGGUAGCGAUUAUGCUUUGUAUGGACAACAGAAUGUCGCUGUGACAGGUACACAUUCCCAUUCGGGCCCUGGAGCUUGGCUGAACUAUCUAUUGCCUCAAAUUACCAGCAAAGGAUUCAGUAAACAGAGCUAUCGGGCUAUAGUAGACGGAGCUGUUUUGUCUAUCCAAAGAGCACAUACUAGCCUACAACCUGGAUAUCUUAAUGUUGGUUCGACGAAAGUCUUUGAUGCCAACAUCAAUCGGAGUUUAUAUGCCUAUUUAGCAAAUCCAAAAGAGGAAAGAGCGAAAUACAAUGCUAGCACCGAGGAUGAUGGAUCUGUCGAGAAAGACCUCACUCUGUUGAAGUUCUCGCGGGUGUCUGACGGGAAGAAUAUCGGGGUGUUGACCUGGUUUCCCACGCACGGGACUUCGAUGCUAGGAAAUAAUACCCUGAUUUCAGGGGAUAACAAAGGUGUCGCUGCAGAUCUUUUUGAAAAGAGUGUAGCUCAGGAGGAAAACGCAGCUGAAGGCUUUGUCGCAGGAUUCUCACAAGCUAAUGUUGGCGACACAAGCCCGAAUGUCCUUGGGGCUUGGUGUGAAGAUGGAUCCGGACAGCAAUGCAGCCUCGAAAACAGCACAUGUAGUGAUGGUAGAAGCCAGUACUGUCAUGCCCGUGGGCCUUACUUUCGCGUAAAAAAUAACGGAGCAUCAUCCUGCCACGAGGUUGGCAAGAGACAGUUUCAACCUGCCAAGGAUUUAUACGAUGGGACUGGCUCAAAGUUGACUGCUGUUUCGGGGUCAUCGGUGAAAUCAUUCCAUACAUUUCAAGACAUGUCCAACUUCUCCUUUCCCUUGGCCAAUGGAAGUUACGUUCAUACAUGUCCGGCUGCUUUAGGGUAUUCCUUCGCCGCUGGAACCUCUGAUGGACCAGGUGCAUUUGAUUUCACUCAAAAUGAUCCCAACGCACCAAAUGCUUCGCCCGUGUGGCGAGUUGUCUCUGGUCUCAUUAAGGCACCGAGCAAGCAGCAACAGCGUUGUCAUUACCCCAAGCCUAUUUUGCUUGAUGUUGGUGAGAUGACGACUCCCUACUUGUGGACACCCAAUGUUGUCGAUGUGCAGGUGCUCCGAGUCGGACAGUUACUUAUAAUCGUCAGUCCGGGCGAAGCAACCACAAUGUCCGGUCGUCGAUGGAAAGAAGCUAUCCAUGACUCGGCUGCAUCAACCAUCCUCUCAGAAUCAUCCUCCCCAGAACCGAUAGUUGUCAUCGGAGGCCCGGCAAAUAGCUAUACGCACUAUAUUGCCACACCCGAGGAAUACGGCAUUCAACGCUACGAAGGCGCUUCUACUCUCUACGGCCCCUACACUCUCAACGCCUUUAUCAACCUCACUCUCAGCAACCUCCCCUAUCUAAGCACAUCCUCUACCUCUCAUCCCCCGCCCGGCCCCCUCCCCCCAAAUAACGUUAACACCUCCCUCUCCUUCAUAACCGGCGUCGUCUACGACGGUCACCCCCUUUUCACUUCCUACGGGGAUGUAAAAAUCGAUGUUUCUCCCUCAUAUCCACUGUCCUCCUCCCCAAUCAUAACCGCCACAUUCAUCGGCGCCAACCCGCGCAAUAACCUGCAUCUCGAAUCCACAUAUGCAGCCAUCGAGAUGCAGAUCUCUGGUACCAAUAGAUGGCAGCGGGUGCGCGAUGAUAGCGAUUGGGGUUUAAUCUUUGAGUGGAAGAAAAUUAGCGAGAUAUUGGGGACCAGUGAGGUUCUGAUUACGUGGGAAACGGAGGAGUGGGCGCAGAAGGGUAGGUUUAGGAUUAGAUAUUUUGGAGAUUCGAAGGUGGUUGGAGGGACGAUUACGCCGUUUGAGGGGGUCAGUGGAGAGUUUGAACUUACGGAGUGA